AGUUCCAGCUCGAGCUUCGCUCUGCACCUGCGGUCUGUCCAUCUUGGUCUGUCAGUAAUAAUCAUGCGGUGUUUACAGUGUUCGGUGUUUUGCUUCAGAACAGAGUACGCAAUAAUCUGGGACCUAAUCUAAUCUGGGAAAACCGGAAAGGAAACGAAACCAUGAAAUGGAGAUCACUCGGGACAGACCGUCCCUGUACGGAGAAAUCGCUCAUGGCCUGGGGUUCUGGACAGAGCGCUCAGCGGUUCAUGAGGCAGCUGCUCGGGGCAGAGCCCUCCAGCUGCAGCAGCUCAUCCAGGGGGGGGCCUCUGUGAACACUGUGGCUGUGGACUCCAUCACCCCCCUGCACGAGGCCUGUAUACAGGGUCAGACUCAGUGUGUCAGACUGCUGCUGGACGCCGGUGCGCAGGUGGAGGCUCGUAACAUUGACGGCAGCACCCCGCUGUGCGACGCAUGUGCAGCAGGGAGCUUGGAUUGUGUCAAACUGCUGCUGGAUUAUGGAGCAACAGUCAAUCCUCCACUGUUUACCUUCUCCCCUCUUCAUGAGGCAUGCAUGGGAGGUAAUCCAGACUGUGUUCAGCUCAUGAUCGAUCGAGGAGCUUUCAUGGAAGCUCAUGACUGCCAUUAUGGAACACCGCUUCACGUGGCCUGUGCUCGACAACACUACGACUGCGCCAAAGUCCUUCUCAUUGCAGGGGCGAACGUGAACGCUUCCAAGCUCCAUGAGGUGGCUCUUCAUCAUGCAGCUAAAACGAAGAACACUGAUCUGAUGGAGCUUCUUGUGGAGUUCGGCGGGAACGUGUUUGCUAGAGAUAACCUGAACAAAAAGCCCAUCCACUACACCGGUGUGGGCUCUGCCUCGUACCGCUGCCUGGAGUUCUUUGAAAACACCCCUCUCAGUCUGCAGCAGCUCAGCAGAGUGGCUGUGAGGAGAGCGCUCGGUACCAGAGCACGAGGAGUCGUUUCCAAGCUGGGUUUGCCCACACGCAUCCUCAACUUUCUCUCGUUUGUUGCGCCUCCUGUUUUUGAAAUUCAAGAGCAUUCCAACUAGACGUGACUCUUCUAGUUUACUUCUUUCUCAUCAAAUCUGCUCCUGCUGCUGCUUGUUUUUCAGAGAGUCACAUGACAGGAUGUUGAAGUCAACAAACACGUCUUACCAGACAGGACGGAUUUCAUGAGAUUUGCAGAAAAUAUGUUUUUCUUUUUUAAAACCUAAACCCUCAGAGAACUUGAUUUUCUUCAUGAGCUGGAGACCACAUUAAGCUGUAGUGAAUUAUUUCAGUUCUGCACUUUGGUCAUGGAUGUUUGUUGCGAAGGCUGAAAAAUGAAAGGCGCACCUGUUAACCAACCCAAUCGGCGACAGUAAACGCUCCCUUUACUUUGUGGGUUCAGCUCAUCAUUAAGGAAUGUGAGCGAGAACGGGUUUUCUGCUUGAUGCGCUCGUUCCAGCAGGCAGCGCUCCUCCACCUGUAAAAUCUACUGCAGUUCAUGGAACGUGGAGAAAUUCUCAUUUCUGAGAACGUUGAUUAAGCAAACAGAACUGUGAUGGUUUUCACACUCGUCAGAACUAUUAAAGUUGUGGCUCUAAGAAGUGGAAAACUUCUGUUUAAAUUUAUAGCAGAAAAACAAGUUUUUCUCUUUGAUUCUUAUUGAUAAUCACCAAGAAAUAAAAAGUGUGUGUUUCACACACCAAGUCUGUGUGUGUUUAACUUUUAAAAUCAAUCUUUCAGCUCCAAACACUGAUCUUCAAAUUGUGCACAAAGAACAAGCAGGUUGAGUGAAAUAAACAUUCCUGGAGGUGAUGCGUGUCUUCUGCCAGUGUUUCCAGUGGUGGAGGUGUGAGUGUGUUGGUGCUUGUGUACAUCAUGAGGAUCAGUCCCAGCUACAGUCACACCAAACUUUAUCUCAAUAUCUGUAACGCCAACUGAAUUAGAGCCAGUCUUGUGUUUAUUAUUGUUGAUCAGCUGUUGCGGCCAUUUUGAAUCGUACUUGCUCCCAAAGUUCAUCAGUUGUAGACAAACAUCCAGUGAUUACUUUCUAAAAGUUUCAUUAUAAUCUGUCCAGAGGUUCACGAGAUAUUUUACUAACAGACACAUACAGACAUAUUGAUUUCAUGUAUGCACUUGUAAAUAUCCUGUAAGUAUUUAUUUGACUGUUUGACUUUGUACAUACCAC